CCUUUCUCUCCGCCGCGCCCGUGAGGGAGCAGCCGCGGCCGGCGCGGCACCGCCGGGACCCGCCCCGCCUCCCCGCCGGGCACCUGCUCGGGGCGGAGACGGCGGCGGUUCUCCGGCUCCGGUAGCGGGCCCCGCUGGCGCUUCAAGAAACUCAUAUAAACACGUGAGAGAAGAUGACAAGAUCUAGAUCAAGAUCACCACGAUGGAAACCAAGGUCCUUAUCUCCAGCAUUUAGGAGUCCAGAGCACCAUAGGCAAAGGCAUGCUCAUAUAAAUUAUGACUGUGAAUAUAAAAGCUUUCGUAAGGACCCAAAGAAACCUAUGCCUUGGAGAACAGAAGAUGAAAAAUACGGACAAAGCAAUUCCAGGUUUGCACCUUAUGGAAAUAACCACCAGAGAAUAUAUGAACGUAGAUCACCUUCACCAAACCUGAAAAGAAUUCCCAUGGAAGAUACUUACAGUCAUAAGCCCUACAGAACACAUUCAUCUGAAAGAACUGAAAGCAAUAGGAGAUGCCAGUUACCACCAAAAUACUCGGAAAUACCAUAUAAUGAGCAUGAUCGUCCGUUUUACCAACACAAAAUGGAAGACAGAUACAUGUUUGAGCACUACAAAGUCACUGGAAAUGAAAAAGGAAUGAAACCUUUUCAUAGACCGUUAGGGGCUUCAUGUCAACUUGAAAGAAAAUGGCAUGAAGAUGACUUGAGGCACCAGAGGUUACAUGAAGAGAAGUAUGGUCAGUCACCCAGAAGAGUUUCUGAUGAAUUUACGGCAAGGAGCUCUUUACAGAAGAGGUAUCCUGAAGAUCACGAUUACAGAGAAUAUGGGCACACGUCUAAAAGGGCUAAAGAAAUGGAGAGGUAUGACGGUGGAGAAGUAGCAAGAAAUUCCAAGUGGAAGCAAGAACGUUCUUUUCCACCCUACGAAGAAAAGGAGGAGCAAAGAAAUCUGGGUGCCCAGCCCCACCGAUCGGCUGAAAGGGAGUACUCGGAGGGUUCUGUCACAAAGAUAGCCUACGAGUACAGUCACAAACGGCGCAGGCAUCCGGAUGGGGAAAAGCUUUUUUCAGACAACAGAGCUCAGAAGUAUGUGAAGCAGGAAGACCAGAAAUACGGUUCUUCUAAGGGUGCCCGGAAUAGCAAAGAGUUAGAUUACUUUAGCGGUGGAAGAGCGAGACGGACUGAAGAAGGGCACUUCGAAGUACCUGUUAAAUAUAGUUCAAAGAAGGGCUGCGAUGCUUGUGUUAACUCUUCCAAAAUGGAUGUUGAUCUGAGAUCUUUUAAAAACAAACCGAAGGAAAGAGUAAGGAAAGAAGGGGAAUUCAGGAAAAAAGUAGAUUCCUCCGAUAGCCAGCAUGAUUCAAGUCAUACUGUUUCAGAUGUGAAAAUGUCAGAUGUCAACUGUAGGAGGGAACAUCUCACAAUCAAAGUGGAUAUGAAGAAAAUGGUGACCAAGUACAGGAAUGCCUCUAGUCAUACUACAGAGAGACAGAUGUCACGUGAUCUGGUUGCUGUUGGCAGGAAAAAUGAAAAUUUUCAUCCGGUGUUUGAGCACAUGGAAUCUGUAACACAAAAUGUUGAAAACGACCCAUCAAGAGAAUUUACUCAGGAAAUAAUCACAAUUAUCCAUCAAGUUAAAGCAAAUUAUUUUACAUCUUCUGACAUAACUCUACAUGAACGGUUCUCAAAAAUUCAGGAUAAACCAAUUGCAAAUAUGAAUGAAGUUAAAAUACGUUUGGAUCCAGAAAUUCACAGGAGGAUUGACAUGUCUCUAGCAGAACUUCAGAACAAACGAACUGUGCCAUCUGAAUCUCCCCAGAACAUUAUGAGAGUGUUAGAAGAUCCAAAUGAUCUACGGCAUGAUAUAGAAAGGAGAAGAAAAGAGAGGUUGAAGAAUGAAGAUGAGAGAGUGUUUCAUGUAGAUGGUGUAACUCCAAGGAACCAGCAAAGCUGCAGUCUUUCAAAAUUACAAAACUCUCAACUUGAUGGCUUCCAAAAGCCUAUGAGGUUCAUUAAGCCACCCUUCCGGAAAUUUAUUGGGAAACCUCACCUGAAUUCUUACUAUUCUUCAAAACCAAGUGAUACUUACCCUCACAGACGCAUUAGAGGACACCUUGAAAAUGCAGGACCCAUCAGAAGACACUUUAAGAGCAACUUUGCAGAUGGCCGUUUGCAAUCCCAUUAUAAAUCAGGCUUAGUACAGAAGGGUUUAUAUAUUCAGGCUAAGUACCAGCGGUUACGUUCUGUUGGUGUAAGGGGAUUUACCACUAAUAAAUUCAGAGAUGGAUUUUUGAGGAAAGAAAAGGGAAAUUUAAAUAUUGCAACAGAAACCUGAAUUGAGCUGUGAUCCUGAAGUUGAAACGGAUAACACAGUGAAGGGAGCAUCUGUUCAUUUUUUGACAACUUUGUCAAGACUUAAAAUAGCAUAAAGGAACUAACCCUGUAACUUGAUUAAAAAUAACUUUAUUUUUCAGUAGUCGAACGCUACAGAACUUUUUUACAGUUUUAAUAAUUGCUUUUAAAGUACAGUAUUCAAUUGAAACAUUGUAGUAUGUACCUUUAGUUCCUUUUGCAUACCAGUCUCAAGUAAAGAAGUCAUCGAAGGGAGUCUUAUUUAUUGAAUACUUUUUCCUCUAAGCAUGAUGUUACAGAUGGAACUUGAGUUGUUAUACCCAGAGGUUUAUAUGUUGAAAGUUUAUUGCUUAUGUAAUAAAAAAAAAGGAAAAAAAAAAAAAGUGCCUGAAUUGUUUGGUAAUAGCACAUUAGCUCAGGAUUUUCCAAGUAAUGACCUUUUAGGUUGUGCAAUAGAUUUUACACCUCUGUUCAGUCAUUUCCGUAAAACAGUAUUUUGUAUUGCUUUAUUUUAGUUUAAUAAUAUACUUGAGUUUCUGAUGUGUAUAUACAUUUGUAAAUUGUUAGAACGUUUGGACAACUUGCAGUAUUUGAUUAAAAUGAAUGGUAAGAGGCAGGUAUGUAAUGUACUGUAGCAGUAGCUUAUAACUGCACUGAAAGCAUGCUUGGGUUUGUUAGAGGAUUAGUUGCUCUGUAUUCAAAAUUAUUCUGUCUCAUUAUAUUUUUUGGUGUAUGACACUCUUGACCAAGCCACAUGUUCUCUAAUCUUUUUCGUCAUAAAUGACUUGGUGAUUUCCUGGAUUCUGAAAUUGGGGCCUGAAGUAUUUAAUUACAAGAAAAACAAAAAACGUAAGUUUUUAAAAGCAUGUCUUCUAACAAAGCUGUUCAAAAUUGAAACUGCUUUAAAUGCAGAUAGUUUGUAAUUUUGUUCAAAAUCCCAGUAAUUCUCUGAAGAUUACUGUACUGCAAUAUUGUUAUGCUGUGUGCAAAAAUCAAAUAGCCAGACAUGUUUUAUAAGCAGCUAUAAACAAUAUUGUGCUUAUUUCCUGUUUAUAGCCUUUGCCUUAAUAUAUUAUAGAGUUGUGUGUAUGUAUUGCAGAUUUGUUCAGACUUUUUAUUGCUGGUAAAUUAAAGAUGCAUAGCAAGUAGUUUUCAGAGAUGUUCUUAAAUAAGAAAAAAGUUGUUCACCAUAUCCACAAUAUAUACAGGCUAAUGUAUUUCCAUCAUUUCCAAGACAGUGUUAGCCAUAUAGAAUGCAGGCUAGUCUCUGUUGUGGAUAGUAGAUCAGAAUUCUAAUACUGGGUAGAGGUAUGUUCAGAGAAAAGGAAAUCUUUUGGUUUUGUUUUUUUUUUCUUUUUUUUUGGGGGGGGGGUGAUGGAAAGUCAGGAUGUGAUUCCUGCAUGCUUUUUUGUAAUGUUUUUUCCACAAUGCCUUCAGUAGAGAGGCUAUAUGAAAGUGUAGGUAUGGCUCAGAACAGCUGAAAUAGUGUCAUUUAAAAUCUUCAGUUCAUGGGGUGUACUGCUUAGUGUUCAUAGGGAAUAAGCAGGCAGGAAGUGUGCCACGUUCGUUGAUGUUAUGGUCAUUCAACAAUAACACCAGAUGGUUUGUUUCUAAAACCCAAGUUUUCAGUUUAAAUAACAAUCAUUAAUGAUUCAGCUAGUUUUUCAGUAACUUUGACGUGUGUACACAAAAUGGGAAGCUAAAGUAAAAGAAAUCCCUGGUCAAAUAGAGGCAGGCACCUUUCUGCAGAGAAGAAAAUACUUAUUUACUAAUGCUGUCAGUGAUGAAUCUGGCAAAAUCAUCCUGUGUAGAUUUACUGGGAAAUGAAAAUAAGGAAUUGAAACAACAGGUUAAGUGAGUCAACCCAAAGCGAAUGUGGAGUAGCUGCAGUUAAACAGCCUGCUGGCAGGGGAGUGCUGCAUGUACCCUGCAGAUGAGGGCAGGCUUACCCUCAAGCUGACAAGCUAUUCACACUGCUCCUGAAUGUGCUAAAGCACGUAAGAAGUGAAACCAUAUAUGAUAUAGGACAAACUACUGAAGCUAUAUUGUCUUAUUCAACAGGAUACUACUGUUUCUGUAAGCUUCCUGCAGUGUUCUUAUUAAAGCCUGGAAGAGAACUCGUUGUUGAGCAAAUGGGAAAAGUGGAUGCACGAAGAAACUUCUGACAUGGCAGUUUUGCUAACACUGUUUGGAAGUAAUGCUGAAGUAGUCAGACUUCAGUCAGUUAAUGCUGCUUUAACCAGGUUUAAAAGUGUGACUGGCUUCUCUGAUUUUGUGCUUUCUUGUUUUAUCUGUGCAUGACUAGGUAUCUCUAAUUUGUUUUGUACUUUAACAGUUUAGCUUUGUUUUUUAUGUCUACAACUGUGAGCAACAUAUUACAAACAAGGGGUUUUUGGCAUGUUUACUGACUUUGAUUUCCUCCCCACCACCCCUUGCCCACCCUUGGUCCCAAGAUGAAUGUCAUAUGAUGAAAUGUAGUCAAUGUUUCAGUUGCUUUAGCUUUUAUUUAGGGUGAUACUAUUUGCUCAAAUCACACUCUUUACUGAUAACUUUACUUCACUAAUUUGGGAUUCUGUCAUGAUAAAACUUCCUGUAUUUUAUAAAAUUCAUACAGAAAUUGAAUUCUGAGACUGGCUUGGGUGCUAGAGGCAUCUACUCUGUGAUGUUUUCUCGUGUGAGACAUUGCUGUAUAGAUUUAUCAUGAAUUACAGAGACUUGUGUCUAUAUACUCAUACACAAAUCAACUUGCUCAUUCUUUUAGCACAGAAGAGUUCUGUUGUACUGGAAUGUGUCUGGUUGAGAGCAAUGUGUUGAAGUUACCGAUUGGGUUGUUAAGGCACAAGAAAAAGUGUUAAGUAGAAGAAAGGUCAAAUUACUUGAAUAACUUGGUGCCUUUCUGUAUUGUGACUGCAUUGUAGAAAACACCUGUACAAAGACUUAAGUAAUAUCCUGAGUAUUGCAUUGUUUCUAAUGGGAGCAUGGACUGAUAACAGUUGUUAAAAUAACCACUUUAAAUAUGUGUGUAAGCCUCAGCCUCAGAAGGAAAACAGUAUCUCUUGUAUUAGUAGUCUAUCACUGCAUUUGCAUUGGAAGGGCAAGUUAAAAAUGUGAUUGUCUAAGAGCUUUCUAGCUUUCUGUUUUAUACUUCGAAAAUAUACACGUGAAUUGCCUUUCUUUUGGUUAACUUGAAAUGGCUGUUAAAUGCUCAUGUCAUAUUCUCAAUUGUUCACAUGUGAAAUUUUUUUAAUUGCUAUCCACAAUGUAAUGGGUUUAAUAAGACUAGAGUCUUCCUUGUAAGUGUCUGAAAUAAUGAAGUUGUUGUGAUGUUAGCAUUUAUAUUGCUGAUCCAUUUAAUCUCUACAUAAAUUGGUUAGAAACCUCAUUUUAAACUUUGUGAUGAUUGAGUUCACAAGGUUAACAAAAUUCUGGGGCUAGUAAGAAGCAACACAUUGCAAGGCUUCUACAAGCCUGCCUUAACUCUGAUAAUUACUUAUCUGUUUAAAAUCACCUUACCUGAUGGAUUUAGAUGGUCUGGAGACCUGGACAUAACUGUCUCAACUCAGGUAACUGAUAGCAGAGGAUGGGAGUAAAUUCAGCUGAUCGCCAGUUGUGUUAAUGAUUUACCUGCUGCCUUUUCUCCCAGGGCCUCAGGGUGAAAUGCUGAAUUUUCUUCAUAUGAACUUAGUUGCUUUAAAAACAAAACAAAAACCAAGAUUAUACUUUUGUGGCAUUAAAAAAGGCAAGGUUCUCAAAGCUUGCUUGUUAUGCAUCGGAAGGUCAUAUUCUGCCAUGUCUUGGAAAAGGAUAGCGAGAGUUGCUUGGAGAAGAUGAUUAAAGAUUAUAGCAGAGAGAGACUUGAUUUCUCAGUAUUCACCUUAGAAGAUUGUAAAUAGAGGGAGUUCUUCAACUUACUUGCUUUCUGAAGGGAUCUUUUCCCAUGUGGUGUAGAAACAUGCCUCUUGCCUUUCUUUUAAGCAUCUGAACAGCAAUCUACAAAGUUCUCUGUGGGAGAGCUCUCUAAAAGAAAGACUUCAGACUUGCAUCCUAAUGAAUCUGGGAAAAAAAAAAAAAGGAUGUUUCUGCACAUAACUCUGGCCCUUGACAGACUUCAUUCCAUUGCUGCAGGAUUUGAAGAUAGGAGGUUCUUCAGCUUCCUUACGAAGGGAAAAAAAAAAAAGCCAUUUCAAGAUGUUUGAAAGCCUACUUGUAACACUUACUCCUUAAUAGACCUUAAGGAUAGUGAUGAACAUUUAAGUGUGUUCUGUUUCAAGCGUGGCGAACAUAAAUUUUCAGUGUUAAGAUCAGAGAAAACUAUUGUCGUCACACCUGCCCCUUCCUUCCGUGCCUGAUGGUUUUUGUUGUUGGAGGGGUUUUUGAGUAGGUAUUUAGCCAUGUGGUUUAAUAGGUCUGUGCUGCCUGCCACUUUAAUACAGUUUUCUGUUCACUGUUCAUUGCUCUGAAUUUUGUCUAAGGAGUCUAAAUCUCAUGUUGUCUUUUUAAUAUUUCAUUCUCUGUAAAUAAUGUAGUAGAUGGCUUUUAUUUUGUGACUGGAUUCUCUUAUGCCUUUAUUGUUGAGGGAAGAGAUGGGGUGGAAACAGUUGUUGUUUGAGUAUGCUCUUCAUGGAAUAAAAAAAGCCUCAUUGUUUUGUUUUAAGAA